AUGAUUAAAAAUAGUACAUUGAAAAAUAAUCUAACUGCUAUGAUUGGAAUAUCUUCAUUGAAUUAUGAAGAUGAUGGUGCUAUCAUGUAUAUUGUCACUGUUCUUAUAUGGUAUUCAAUUGGCACUGUAUUGAUGUUAGGAAUGCAAAUGUUAACUCAUUCGGAAGAAAUCGAAGAUGCGAGUAAACGCCGAACGAGAUUUUUAAUUCGAAAUUUAAAUGAUCAUAACAAUACAAAAGCAAUCUUAGAAGAAUUAGGUAAUAAGCAAAAUCGAGAUCGACUUUGGGACAUUUAUUUAGGUAAAACUCACGACAGGAAAGAUCAUUUAAGUCGUGCGGAAACUGUUCGCAUACGACAUAUUCAAAAACAAUUAAAUGUCAUGCAAAGAAAUCACCGAUUAACAUUCGAUACGCUAUGUCCUUCUCGUAGCAGUUCAGCAAAUCGGCCGACUACCUCUCCAACGUCACCACGAAUAACUGCUGUUGUAAGACGUCGUUCAUCAUUAAAUCAACGAAGCCUUGAUCGAUGGAAAGAACUCACAAAGCAAUCAGAACUUCGUGAACAAUUGCCAUGGGCUGUACAAAAACUAAUGGCUCGACGAUAA